UUAUUGAAUCACCGUCCACUUAAAAACCAGUCAGCCAUCGGACACCGGCCCCGUCGCAUCGAGACGUUGCACUCACGCGCAUAUAGGGCUUCCGCCAUAUUUGAUUACAAACUACACAGUGCUCCACUAAAAUGUAUCAAAAUGGUGAUUCUUAAACUCGAAAAAUGCCGAUGUGAUACUAAAGUGACGGAAUGUGUUAUGUUUGUUGAACCUAAUCACCCUAAAAGGUUUUUCAAGUACAGUUGACCAAAACUCUGCCCUUAAGGGUUCUAAACUGACACGUGAAGUGAAAAAAUUGAAGUGCGCUAUCGUAAUUUCAAAUUUGCAUUUCGAACAUUUGAAUAUUUCACCGUUAAUCGAAUUUGGAAUUUUAAAAUUGACAUUGAUUUCUUUUUCACUUUUUAACAAUGGAGAAGCUGAAGUAUACGCGUAUACAGUCUUAUGGAAGUAUGAGUUCUGCACGAAGUGAGGAUGAUAUGACUGUUCACAGCCAAUUGUUUCCCUACCCGAAGAAGAUGGUUGUGGAACAGGAGAUAUUGUAUGAAGAAGACCACCCGCCUUUUCAACCGUUAUUCGCUACGACCAGAAUCUUUGGAAAAUCUAGAUUCACUUGUCUUCUGCUGAGUUACGUGAUAUUUUACUUCGUGUAUUUGGUGUCUGGCGCCUUGGUUUUCUCGGCCCUGGAGGCGCCUCUGGAGAACCAGAUUAGGUUGGACGUGAUUAGAGCCAAACAGGAGUUCAUGUUGAAGCACCCGGGUGUUACAGAUGACGACCUGGAGUUUCUCCUUGACGAAGUGGUCCGAGCCAGCAACCGCGGCGUGUCGGCCUCAAAGAACGUGAGCGGCGGUCCUAACUGGAGUUUUGGACAGUCUCUCUUCUUCUCCUCCACCGUCGUCACUACUAUAGGUUAUGGGCACGUCACUCCCCUCUCCAAGCCUGGGAAGCUGUUCUGCAUGAUGUAUGCUCUACUUGGCAUUCCACUGACCCUGGUGCUGCUCUCAGCGCUGGUGGAGCGCCUGUUGUUACCAGCCACCGCCUUGCUGAGGGCGCUGAACGCGUCUCUUGGACAUUUGUACCGGCCUUUUACAAUAAGGCUGGUGCAUUUGAUGAUUAUUGUAACAUCCCUUGUGCUAUUCUUCCUGGUGGUCCCGGCCACGAUAUUCGCGGCCCUGGAGCCUGAUUGGGACUUCCUGGACUCGUUCUACUAUUGCUUCAUAUCCCUGACCACCAUUGGGCUCGGAGACUACAUCCCUGGGGACUCCCCGGGACAGGAGUACCGGCCGCUGUACAAAGUUGCCACCACUUUCUACCUCCUCAUCGGCCUGACCUUCCUGAUGCUGACUCUAACAGUAUUCUACGACAUUCCCCAACUCAACCUUAGCACCGUCUUCUCAUCAGUGAAACUUGACGAAGACCCGGAGAAGAUGCGUCUCAGCGGCUCCGGGGUUAUGGGCCCAGGGUACGGGAUUGGCGGGUUGGUGAUGAGAGAUGAUUAUAAUCAUCACGAUCAACGCAGGUCGGUGGUGCACAUCAGGCCUCACCUGGACGACAGCCCGAGCCCCGAAGACACCACGCCGGUGCAUGCCAGGGACAUGAGAGUACAUUAAACGCUCAAUUUUAUAACUGACAGCUUGAGAUACAUUCCUUGAAAUUUUUAGGUUAGAAUUUGUUUGUUGUUGCGUAAUGUUUUUUAUAAUGCACAGAUAUUUAUAUAAUUUUCAAGAAUUUAUCUAGUUACAUAAAUAAUGGAAAAAAAAAUACAUAAUUUAUUGUAAUGGCAGACUUAAAUUAUGGAUAUGGAUACGUACCAACCAAACGGUAAGCUAUAUUAAAUAAAAAUAUUUUGCAAAUAAUUGGAAAAAUAACAUGCAAGAAUUGGUUUACAAAAUAAAUUGUAAUUCAAAUAAUUGGGAAUGUUCUGGCCGAAUAUUUGAUUAAUUGGUUUCAAAUGAUAAAAAGAUUUUGAAAUUAUUUUAUGCAUAUUUUACGUCUUAAGAUAACUUUAUAACUGAACAAAUUUAUAAGUAGGUACAAAAAGUAAAUGUUUUUUGGAAAUAAUAAUUUGAUUUAUUUAGGUCCUAUCUACCUAUUAUGUAAAAUUUUCAGGAAUGGAUCUUGUCAGUUUGGUAACCAAUACGCGUUCUCGUUUAAAAAUGAUAAUAAACUUGAUGAGUCUUAUCAAUUUAAUAUUAUGUAAUAGAAAGAAUGCAAUUUAGCGUAUUUGUUUUUAUUCUCCCGUUUCUCUUACAAACCGGCGACAAUGUGGAAAUCGAUACGAGUUCACUAGGUAAUUUUAUAUUUUUUUUUUUAUUAUUUGACUAAGUUUUGGACUGAUGAAACCAAGUCGAGAAAGAGAAAAACAGGUUGAUAUUUGCAUUUUGUUAUCUAGAUUUAUUUUAAUUAUUAAUUGUGUAUAACUUUGAUUGAUGGAUGGUUGAAGAGGUUGAUCUUCAGAAAAAUGCUCUCCUUAGUUUUAAGUUUUAUAAUAAAAAUUAUACUACCUACCUAGAUCCUUUUUUUCUAUGCACUACUUGAAAUAUGUACCUAUAGUCAACGCUAAAUUGGAACGUUUCAAGAUUCAGUCGAGGGACGCGAAAUUAUCGGAUAUUUGGAUGUAAUGUAAUUUUUAUUAGAGUUUCCUUUCCUUUUUUAAUAAGGUAACCUUUAUCAAGGACCGUCCUAUGGCUUGGAUAUUGCUGGAGAUAAAUAAAUAUAAACUCAAUAUUACUAGCUGAACUGAGUUUAUAAUAAGACUGACAAAGUUUUUCAAAUUUUCACACUUUUCUAAUUGUUUUUUAAAUUUUUUACGCGAACAUCACAACUUGUUGGACAAGGAUUGUUAAUCUGAGUUUGGUAAAUCAGAGUAAUAUCAAAAAAUAGACUGAUAAACCCACUAUGUAUACGCAUAUUGUAAGAUUUUACAUAAAAAUGAAAAUACCUUUCAGUAACGGUUAUAUCACCAUAUCAAAAACCUUUGCUAUUAUAUUUUAAAGUUUCAUUAGAAAUAAUGGCAUUACACUUUAUCUAAAAUAUUCCAUCUAAACGUGAAAACACAGAUAUUUAAUGUUGUAAAACGUAGAUAUAACUAAAAAAAUAUUUAUAGAUAAAAUAAUAAUAUAUAAUAAAAAUCUUAAAUAUUUAAUAAUAUGUAUCUAUUUGUAGUUAAAUUUGACGUACGUAUCAAUUAUGUGUGAUAGAUGACCAAUAAUUUAGUAGAACCAUUAAAUUUAUUGAACUACUUAUAUAAAAUGAAUUAUAUAUAUGUCUUGCGUUAACAAAAUUUAAAAAUAGGUAGGUAAGUUAUGUCAAUAUUAUUAGCUUACAGAUUUGUAUUUCGGAAUAUUGAAUAGAAGAUGAUAAUUUAAGUACCUAUUUAAACAUUUGAUUCUACCUAUUUUAUGCGAUGAAUGAAAAAUGAGUUAUUUACUUGUAUUAAAAUUUUAUAGGGCAUUUUUAUAAAGUCACCUUCUGUUUAAACAACGGCUGUGACGCGUAUAUAUUUCUUUUCCAUUUAAAUCUUACCUAUUAUGUUUUUGAAUCGAAUUGAAAUCAAUGACAAUAUUUAAAAAAAAAAAAGCUUAUGAAGAGUUUUAGAGUUUAGAAACGAUAAAAACAUAUUUACAUAUAUUUAAUAGAUGGCUGCCUAAAUAAGCUACUUGAGUUAUAUCUAUAGCAUAAUUUUCUAUUAACACCUACCCAAAGUUUAUUAAAGUUUACCAAAAUACCUACACUUCAUUCUUGUGGAAAUAUAAAAGGGAUAUUCAAUUACAAAAUAAUAAAUGUGUUAUAUGUAAGUACCUACUUAUUUGUAAUAUUGAUAUAUUGUUCGUAUGAUUCUAUGAAGAAACCUAUUUGUUAGAAAUAGACGGUAGUGCAUAGUGUUUAAACACAAAAUGCCUUGAAUGGAUAACUGCAUAGACAAAAACUGUAUCCGAGAUUAUUCUUAAUAAAUCAGCUUAAAAGUAA